ACCGUCCUCGUCAAGCUUCAAUAAUUUUGAUAUACUAUCGAAUAUCAGAAAAAUCGAUGUAACUUCACUCAAACGUGGGCAGUCAAGCAAAUUCGAUACUAUUUAUAUCGAUGGGCUAAGAAUUAGUCAUUAUAUUCAUAUAAAUGAGGCCACCAAUGCUGAAGAUUUGGAGAAGAGUAUUCGGUUUUUUAAAGAAAAUUAUCUCCAUAAAGUUAAUUAUAAAUUAUUAAAAGAAAACUUUCCUGCUUGGCUUGAAGGAAUUGGAUUAAGCGAGUUGGAUCAUAAAUUCGGCGCGUACAAAUGGCAGGAAAUUAUAGAAAUGGGGUGGCAGGAUCUACGAGAUAUUGGAAUUAAUAAUUCAAAUAUGAGAAAAGUAUUAAUUAGAAAUUUUACUUUGGUUAAAUUAGAUCAGGCUAGGAAACGAGGAAUUCAUGUAAAUAGUCCUAGAGCACAAUUGACAGAACUUGAAGAUGCUGUUCCAAUUGAUUUAGACUUACUGAAAAAACGUUUUCCAGAAUGGAUUGAAUCAAUUGGAUGUGGAAUAUACAUCCCAAAUUUAGAGGGAAAGACGUGGCAAGAGGCAAUAGAGAUGAAAUGGUCGAAUUUAGAGGCUUUGGGCAUCAAAGCUCGUGGUUUAAGAUCUAGGUUGGCUAGAUAUUUAUAUAGAGCUAAGCAAGCUGUGUAUUCCGAAAAAGGAAUAAUACUUCCCGGUAAUGAAGCUAAAAGGGCUCAGACAGUAAAUAAUACUUCUGAAUCGAAAUCCUUAGAGACGAAUUAA